GAUGUGGUUGAAAUAUGUUUUUAUCUUGACACCAUUUCACCAUCAUCAUUUAUAAUGUUUAAGCCUUGGACAUAAUUUAUCAUGAAAUAUCUUUAUUGUUCAUGGACAUUGAAGAAGGCUAUCUAAGAAAAAUAACAAAAAAACACGUUGGAUUAGACACACCUUUAGAUAGCUUGUUGUAAUGUUACCCAAGAUUACGUAAUUUUAACCCACAUGGGUUGGUUAAAUGACGUCAUGGAAGUGUGUGACUUUAAUUAAUAACUACGGGAUGGGUUAAGGUCCAACUCUUAUGCGCUGUCAUGAUGUGCCUUUGAUUAAAAACAUGUCAUGCUGCAUGUGUUGCAGGCAGGGCCGACCGAAGAAGAUGGGGACCGUUAUACACACUUUGAAACAUGAAUAGAGAUCCAUGCUGUGGCACAAUGUGGUUAUUUUAAUGCGUCAACGCUGGGCCUUUCAUUUCACAUUCCUAAAGAUGCAAUUAAAUGCAACAGCAUGUCAAAGUAGUUCUUUGAGUAGGGAUGGUUUAUAUCAUUUGAAAACCACAGACUACAGCCCCAUGGAAAGGGAGAAGUGAACCCAAUCAGGGAUUAAAAACUUGACUUCUUGGCAGGUAGUUCACACAUUUACUGGGACAGACAGACAUCGUAUUUCUCUUCAAUCAACCUGAUAACUUCUUUGCAUUUGUUUUCACUGUAGGCCCUAGAUGGCUUCAGUACCAGAAAUUACAGAUGUGUUGGGAUGACAGCUGGAUUAUGGACUACAAGAACAUCAAGUUUGGCAACAUUGAGCAUUUCUACAAUCGUUAACGACCACAGGUGAACUGAAUCAGUUGGCGGAUGGAAUGUUGCAAACGAGGAACUCAACCAAAACCCUAGCAAGACUCUUGGUUGUGUUGGGGCAGGAUUUUGGCAGAUCCACUGUUGUAGUUACACAACAAUUUAUAGAACAGUUUAUUCAUUUACAAACAUGUAGAGAGAUUGCUUUUCUUUCAUGCCACUCUGUGAUUUAUACCCUAUAGCACAAGGCUGAAUGCCUUAUAUAUAUUUGAAGGACAGAAUACCAUUAUGGCAUCUAAAACGUAAUCAAUAAUCAAUAUGUUAUAACUACCUUAUGCAAAGCUUGUUUAUAAACCGUUUAAUCCAAUUUAAAAGGUUUUCUUCUCAAAUCCCGUGUAGUUUUGAAGAUCUUGCUUAAAAAGCAGCCAGGGCCCCGUUUCAAGAAUGUCAUAAUUCUGGGUUUCAGAUACCAAGAUUAGACUUCUCUCAGUUCAGUCACCAUGGAUAAUCAAUGCUGGGAGCCCGAUGAAGCCAACUUGGUACAGAGCAGGUUUAAAUUACUCUGCCCACAACCGUAGUGGUGACUACUUCCUAUCAUCCCUCAUUGUAGAUAAUGCCAACCAACAACCAAACGAUUGCAAUCAAAUGUGUAUCGUUUAAUCCACCUUGUUUGUAUGCUAUGCACAAGAUUACUUCAAGCAGCAGUGCUACUGUGUGUUUGUGUGUUUCAUAAUCCGGUUGCUUCUGUAUACAAUCUUUUUUCUUAUUGCAGUGGCGCUAGUGGUCCAGCGGCGGCGCUAAUUGAUGCAUUUGGGGAAAUUACAUUUUAUUGAAUUUAUCUAAUCAAUCAACCUCACGUGACAAGUCUAAAUUGUAGUAAUAAGGAUCACAUUUUCAUUGUGCCAUAGAUGAUGACUUUUGAAGCAACACACAUUUUUCAGGUUCAAUCUGAGUUUGACUGAACUCAUUCUUUGAAAUUAAAAUCAGCUGUUCUGACAGAAAAUCAUGACUAUUCAGUGUUCUGGAUUAAGUUUUAAAUACAUCCUCAGCCGUUUCUUGGAAAUGGGCCCCUGAUUGUGUGCCUUUACAUGAAUUCACCCCGCAGAUUGUUGUUGUGUUCUUUGGAUUGAGGGUUGGGUCCUAUAGGUUGGUCAAGGUGAACAGAGGCACCUUGUGAGCCAGUCUAUUCAUAAGCACUGAUUGUAGAGCCUCUUAUCCUGAUUGGACAUUUAGGCUUUUCAAUAGAAGAGGUACAGGAAGAUGCUCUCUCUCUCUCACACACACACACACACACACACACACACACACACACACACACACACACACACACACACACACACACACACAGAAGAAGCCCUGAAACACUGAAACACACUCACACUUUUGAGAUACACCGUCGUACAGUCAAGUUGGAGCUCAGUUCCUGCUAGUAACACCAUCGUCCCUGAUGGCUCUGUGGACAAUCUCCCUCCUCGCUCUCUUUCUGGGAGUUCAUGGCUGGCAUGACCUGGAUAACAGAGAGUUUGACUGCUGGCCAAUGGACAACCCAAAUGAUUUUAACAUGAUCAGCUGCCAAGGCCUUGAGAUGGCCUGGGUGUUGCGUCCCCCAGAGAAGGUGUUCAACGGAGAGGAGUUUAACGUCACGUACACGGUGACUGCCUCGGAUUCCUUCUACGAAUACGCAGCCAAGAACCAGAUUUUCCACUUCAGUGAAGUGUCGGAGGUGAGGCAGUUCUGCGAUCACCAUGAAUGUCCUUCCAACUGGAACAACGCCAACGAGAUUAACUGCUGCGUGUACCACGCCAACAUCCACUCCUGUCCCCUGGGACUUAUGAAACAAGGAGGAAUCUGUGGCCCGUGGAUCCCUGACGACGGUAAAAUAGUGACCCAUACCGUAUCCAAAGCUGGCAAGAUGUCCCAGAAAUUCUGGACUUCAAAGGUGGUCUUGAUCCACAUGGGAGUCACCUCAGUGAUCGCUCAUAUCAAAAUAGGGAAGAUGCACGCAGCGCUGGAGUCCAAAGUCAUGGUGGUCAGCGCCCAAGUGUGUGGGGACGACGUGUGUGAGCUGGAAGAGACGUGUCUGAACUGCCCGGCAGACUGUGGCGUCUGCCCCAUGUCUCUGACCAUCAAGAUGGCCAUCGGCCUGCCGCUCGCACUCUUCUGCUGCGGCUUCAUUCUCACUGUAGUGUGGCUUUGGUACCAGAAACAAAAAAUGUUUUGGGACGAGAGCUGGAUCAUCAACUACAAGAACAUCAUGUUUGGUAAAGUGUGUUACAUGGGCUUCUGCAGUACCACAAGCCUCCAGCAGGGGAAGAGUAACUCCAGCAUGAGCCGCAACACCGAUACGACGGUGUGCACCGUGGUCAACACCUGCUUCCAGCCCGGCUUCAUCCAACCGGGCAUCUAUGAUGGACGGACGGUGGCAGUGAAACACAUCCAGAAGAAACAUUUCACAUUGUCCAAGACCAUCAGGAAGGAGGUGAAGGAAGUCCGGGAACUGGACCACCCAAAUCUGUCCAAAUUCAUCGGGGGCUCGAUCGAGGUGCCCUACAUCAGCAUCAUCACAGACUACUGCCCUAAGGGAAGCCUGUCUGACGUCCUGCUGAAUGGGGACAUCCCUAUCAACUGGGGCUUCAGGCUCUCGUUCGCGACUGACAUCGCCCGCGGCAUGGCCUACCUGCACCAGCACAAGGUGUUCCACGGGCGCCUGCACUCCAGGAAUUGUGUCAUCGAUGAUCGCUGGGUGUGCAAAAUCUCAGACUAUGGCCUCACAGCCUUCAGGAAGGAGGACUUUGAGGGAGUGAGCUCUGGCUUCCCCUGUGGGGACGUCAACCAUCUGUACUGCGCUCCAGAGGUGCUGCUGGGAAACAGCACCAACGCCACUGCGGUAGCAGACGUCUACAGCUACUCUAUGAUCCUCGUUGAGAUAGCGACACGCUCAGACCUCAUCUCAGAGCAGGAGCAGGAGCAGGGCGAGGGGGGGAAGAUGGACAUCAUGUGGCGCCCCCCGCUGCCCGAGCUGAAGGCCGGCAAGGCGGACACGGACUGCCCCAACAGAGAGGACUACUGCGAGCUCAUCAAGAAGUGCUGGUCCGAUAACCUCACCUUGAGGCCCACAUUUGAGCAGGUGAAGAAGAUGCUGGACAAGAUGAACCCCCACAAAGUCAGCCCCGUCGACAUGAUGAUGAAUCUGAUGGAGAAGUACAGCAAGCAUCUGGAGGCUAUAGUGGCAGAGAGAACUCAGGAUCUCCUUCAAGAGAAGCAGAAGACAGACCGCUUGCUAUACAGCAUGCUACCAAAGCCAGUGGCCGAUGACCUCCGGCAGGGCAGGACCGCCGAAGCUCAGAGUUACUCCAAAGCUACCGUUUAUUUCAGUGACAUCGUGGGGUUCACCCAGCUGUCUGGCGCCAGCACGCCACACCAGGUGGUGGACUUCCUCAACCAGCUCUACACCACCUUCGAUGACAUCAUCGACAACUACGACGUCUACAAAGUGGAGACCAUCGGUGACGCUUACAUGGUGGUUUCCGGGGUGCCGAACGAAAACGGCAUCAACCACGCGGGCGAGAUAGCGAGCAUGGCUCUGGAUCUGGUCAACGUCUGCCACGCCUUCAAGAUCCCGCACAAGCCCACCACCCAGCUCAGGAUACGAGCCGGCAUACACUCAGGACCUGUUGUGGCUGGUGUGGUUGGCACCAAAAUGCCCCGCUACUGCCUGUUUGGAGACACAGUGAACACGGCCUCACGCAUGGAGUCUACCAGCGAGGCUCUAAAGAUCCAGGUGAGUGGCACCACAGCUGACCUUCUGCACACCCUGGGUGGUUACGUUCUGAUGUGCAGGGGCCCGCUCGUCGUCAAGGGUAAAGGGGAGAUGACGACUUGGUGGCUCCAAUCAAGAACAAACGAGCCCAAAGACGUCCUGCUCAGAGGCUCCAACACUGAACUGCAAGAGGUCCCGGUGCCAGUUAGCAACUAGCUUGCUGGCCUAGCAUAACACAAAUACACACAGGGACUUGCAUGUUAGAUAUUUUGUGUAACGUACGGCCAAUUCAUGUAACAAAUAUCAGAUUUUCUUUCGUAACAUUUGUGUUCAAAUCGAUUAUUUUGUUUCACACCAAUGAAUGACCAUGUAGCGAACGUGGACCAUGUAGCCUCAGUGGCGGAUCUAGACGAUCUGACAUGGUGUGGCAAGAGGUCUGGCAGGGGGGCAUGGGACCGCAGUACGUGGGAAGAAUCCCAAUACGUAAAAUGGCUUUUACAAUAACAAGAACACGAAAAUACAUACGUACAUAAAUACAUACAUUUUCAACUAUUUAUUGUUACAGUAUAUCAUGCCGUAACACAUACAGACCUCCCAAGAUUGUAAAUGCACAACAGGAACAAACCGAUUGUUAUAACAAAACUGUGCGUCUCUUGAAAGUAGAAGUAGCCUAUUAAUAGCAACAUUUAAAUAUGAAAUAUAUGAAACGUACAAUAAUUUCCCGUGGAGUAUAAAUCUGAAACCGAGGCCGUGGUUAAGUAUUUGAGGGGCAGGGAUAAGAUUACAUUUCCAAUAGAGCGCAACAGUGACCGCCCCCUUAUGAACAGCUCUGCUUCCGGAAGUAAAUUUCCCAUUCAUUUUCUCUAUUGACUUUUCAGAAAAUCGUCAUAUUAAGAGUUUGAAGCCUAACCAAUCAUCUCUCAGGUUAGGCGUGACCAUAAUACAACUGAUUCGGGGGGAAAAAAAGAGAAAACUGGAAAAAAAGGCAAAGGUACAAGACUGUGUACAUGAUUCCAACCGAAUAGUUUAGCGCGUUUCUUCCAUCUUAUCACUUUUGUCAUUUCUAUAGUGUUUAUACUGUUAAUAAAAUUGUUGUCCUAUA